UCUCCUCCACCUUAUCCUUUAUACCAAUAUUUGCACUUUCUUAUGAAUUAUGAUCCUAUUGAUGAUAACAUUAACACCCCUUUCAAAAUUCAAAACAUCAACUCAGAAACAAUUUUCAAUGGCUUCCAACCUUCUCAAAAUCCACAUUCAAACCACAAAAUUUCCUUAUACUCCUCUCCCAUUUUCUCCUUCCAAAAUCCCAUUUUAUUCUCUUCCAUCAUUUCCCAAUCACACAUAUCAUCCUGUCUUAAAAACUUUCAUUUUUAAGAAACCUCUAAACAUACCAAAACACUCACUUCCCUCCAUUCAUUCUUCCCUCUCUAACUCUUCUUCCCCUUCACCACCAACUUCCAAAGAAGAUGCCAUUCUCCAAGCCAAAACUAGCCUCUCGACCGCCUUACAAAAGCCGCUUAACAAUCCUAAACUCACUGGCAAAAUCAAGAAACAAAAGCAACCAAGAUUUAGAGUUGAAAUACCAUUGAUUGAUGAUUCCCCUGAAUCACUCACCCAACUCGCUUUCGACGUUUUUGGGGACCUUCAACUCAAGAGAAAGGGCUCUUCAGUUAAAAUGUUGUUCGUUUGGCCUAAUCCCACUUCAUUGGCUAGUGGAGUAAAAGCUUUUAAAGGUCUUAAAUUUGGCUUAGUUGAACACAUAGAGCUUACUACUGUUAUGACAGUUGAUAACAGAAUUUUGAAUUCUGCUGAUGUGGCUGUAUUUUUGGCGCCAAAUUCUUCACAGUUGACAGUUAUGAAGUUAGCUAGUGACAGUUUGUAUUCAACCCCUUUGGUGUUGUUUAACCCCAAAUGGGCAUUUGAGGAAGAGGGCAAUUUUGGUGAUUUGAGUAGUUUUGUUGGUUCAUUUGAUGUGGUUUAUGCAUUCCUAGGAUUGGAAGUUAGAGGGAUUUUAAGUAAGAAAAAUGGAGUGGUUUUUAAGUAUGUUAGAGAUGGCAUAGUGAGUGGAGAGAAAUGGAAUGUUUUAGUGGAAGAAGAAGAAGGAGAAGCAAAUCAAUUCAAGGUGGUUUCGAGAUUCAAAACUCGGCCUUCGAUUAUCGAAGUUGAGAAUGUUUUGUAUAAUCUUAUGGCAGUUAAUUCACCUCUCACAAAAUCAGCUAAAUUUUUGAAGGACUUAGUUUCUAAUGUAACAGGAAAGAAAGCAAGUUGAUUGAGCUAUUAUUAUGUUUGAUUA